AUGGACGUGCACAUGGACGAGCGCAGCAGCACCGGCAGCAGCAGCGCGUCGCACGAGGAGAAGUUCCGCGUGUACAAUAGCGCGCUGCAGCACGCGGCGACGUGCGGCGAGGCCAAGUGCGAGGCGCUCAGCGGCCGCUGCCACAAGGUCAAAGCCAGCAUCGACCACUUUGUGCGGUGCUACGGCCCUCGACGCAAGAUUUCGCCCAUUGAGAGCUGUGCAAUGUGUUCGAAGAUUUGGGGUCUGCUCUGCUUCCACGCCAAAACAUGUACUGUGCCUCUGGGUCAGCGCUGUGCCGUGUCACAGUGUGACUACUUGCGGGACAAGAUUGCACGUAAACGAGAGAACGACCGACGUGAGCUGCAGGACGCCAAGGCCAAGAUCCAAGUCAAGUUGGAAGAGUGGCCCGUUGAGAGACGCAUUGCACAGGUGGAGGCCGAUCGACAGCAGGUUUUGCAGCUUAUUGCGGACAUUCGCGCGGAAAAGGCGCGUCAGCUGCAACAAGUGCAAGUGCAGCAGCAACAGCAGCAGCAGCAGCAGCAGCCCAUGGUGUCCUGGAGCCGAGAGGGGUGA